UGGCUCUUCACCAUCAUGUGCCUGUACCAGCACCCCAGGAUCUUCCACCACCUCGUGCUGCUCCUCCGGUGGCGCCCCGACGGCGACCGCGAUGCCAUCAGGAAGGUGUACUGCAAGGAGGGAGCCCCGGUGCCGCCGCGCGACCGCGCCCACAUGCUGGUCGUGGUGGCGCUGCUGCACAUCACCUGCCUGGCCCAGUACUUCUGCUGCGCUCUGUUCUGGAGCUACUCGCGCACCGACCGGCCGAACUGGGCUCUCAACAUCGGCUACGGCUUCGGCACGGGGCUCCCCGUCAUCGCCGCCCUCUACUUGGCCUACAGCCCGCUGGUCCGGAAGCAGGCACGCGAUCCCGACGCGGAGCCGUCGUCGUCGGGCGAGGAGGCGAACGGUCACGGCGGGGCGCCGGAGAACGACGGCCGCGACGUGGAGAUCAGGAUAUACAACCGGUCCGUGGUGGUGAGUAGGCCGGAGUGGAGCGGCGGGCUGUGCGACUGCUGCGACGACGGGACGGUGUGCGCGCUGUCGGCGACCUGCACCUUCUGCGUCUUCGGGUGGAACAUGGAGCGCCUCGGGUUCGGCAACAUGUACGUGCACGCCUUCACCUUCAUCCUGCUCUCCGUCGCGCCCCUCCUCAUCUUCAGCGUCACGGCGCUCAACGUCUACGACGACGACAUCCGCGACACCGUCGUGGCCGUGGGCGUGCUCCUCUGCUUCUGCGGCUUCCUCUACGGCGGCUACUGGCGGACGCAGAUGCGGAAGCGGUACAAGCUGUCGGCCGGCGGCGGCGGGCGGCGGGCCGCGGUGGGCGACUGCGCCAAGUGGCUCUUCUGCUGGAGCUGCGCGCUCGCGCAGGAGGUGCGGACGGCUAACUUCUACGACUUGGACGACGAUCGGUUCGUCGGCCACGGGGCGCGCAACGAGGAGGGCCGCGCCGUGCUGGUGCCGCUGCCGCGGGAGGCGUCCAUGACGCACUCCCGGAGCCUGUCGUGCCCGCCCAAGAUUGACGCCAUGGCAGCACUGGGCGGCGCCGGCACGAGCACACUGGAUGAGCAGAUGGUCGACAUCGCGAUGGGGAGGUCGGCCACGUACAACGGCAAUGGCGAUGCCAUGAGGCCGCCUUUGCCGCCGCUGAUACAAAUGGACAGGGAAGUGUAG